UUCAUUCAUUCAUGUUUUGAAAGUUUUAUUUCCUCUGACUUGUUGUUGUCUGUCAGAAAAAUUACAUUUCUCUUCAAUUGCUGAGAAAAUGGGAUUUUUCCGUGCACUUACUACACAACCACAACAACGACGACGAUUUGAUAAAUCGCAUGCAGGGUGCCCUGGACCACUACACGUUGCUCGUAUGUGUGUCUCUCUCGACCAGCAGCGACCGGAACGCUGAAAAAUGACGGCCAGAUGUCGUGCUGCGUUUCAGGAGUCGACGGUGGGAGGGACCUGAAAGGGGCCACCGCAAAAAAGAAAAGAAUUAAAGAGAAAAGAGGAAAAAGAAAUAACCGGUGGUGCCUCGUCCAACCGACGAUUCGUUCUAAUCACGAGCCGCAAAAGGAGAUGAGAGGAAAUUCAGUCUCUCCAGUUACUCGUCACUGGACGGACAUUAUCCAGUCCUUUCUCGCCCUCUCCUUUUUCGCUCUAUGCGUGAGGUGUAGUGAACUGUUGUGUGCUUUAGUGUGCAGCCUAGAAGAAGAAGAAGUAGUUAUCUGGUUUCGGGCAAAGUUCCUUUUUCGUGAAAACCAACCCAAAAAAUUGCCAAAAAAGAGAAGAAGAAGACGAGUCAAAGAAGACGCUGCUGCUGAUUUGGUCGGUUUGCGCCAUGUCGAAUCCCGCCCUCUUGCCGCCCUCGGUCAUGCGGCUCCUUCAGAUCCUUUAUCCUCCCGGUGCCAAGCCUCGACUUGAGGCAUUGUUGCAGAACCGGCCACUGCCAACGCUGCCCGACUUGGCGACGGGCACGUUGGACAUGGACGGUGGCGGAUCGUCGGGACUAGGAGGCGGCCACUGCGGUACCACCUUUAGCCUUGAAUCGGCGCACCGAUGGACGUCGAGAGAUAAUCUGCUCCAUACCGAACCCGACGAUGAAGACCCGCAACUCUUUGUCGCUCUUUAUGACUUUCAAGCUUCCGGCGAUAACCAGCUCAGCUUGAAAAAAGGCGAACAAGUGAAAAUUCUGAGCUAUAAUAAAAGUGGAGAAUGGUGCGAAGCUCAUUCGGGUUCGGGCAGGGUCGGCUGGGUCCCGUCCAACUAUGUGACUGCUGUCAAUUCCCUAGAGAAACACUCUUGGUAUCACGGACCAAUCUCCCGCAAUGCAGCUGAAUACUUGCUCAGUUCGGGCAUCAAUGGCAGCUUUUUGGUUCGGGAAUCGGAAAGCAGUCCCGGACAACGAUCCAUCUCACUCCGUUAUGAGGGUCGGGUGUAUCACUAUCGGAUCAGCGAAGACUCGGAAGGGCGGGUCUACGUCACUUCUGAGAGUCGAUUCCGGACACUGGCCGAGCUCGUCCAUCACCAUUCGGCCAAUGCCGACGGCCUCAUCACGCAAUUGUUGUAUCCGGCCCCCAAACGUCACAAACCUCAAGUGUUUGCUCUUAGUCCCGAGCCGGAUGAGUGGGAAAUUGAGCGUACGGACAUCGCAAUGAAGCAGAAGCUUGGAGGAGGCCAGUACGGCGACGUGUACGAGGCCAUGUGGAAGAGAUACAACAUGACUGUGGCCGUCAAGACGCUCAAGGAGGACACAAUGGCGCUUAAAGACUUUCUAGAAGAGGCGGCCAUAAUGAAGGAAAUGAAGCAUCCGAAUCUGGUUCAGUUGCUAGGCGUGUGCACGCGCGAGCCUCCAUUCUACAUUGUCACCGAAUUCAUGUCGCGAGGCAACUUGCUCGACUAUUUACGAAGGGCCAACCGUGAAGAGAUCGACGCCAUUGUUCUCCUUUACAUGGCAACCCAAGUAGCGGCCGCCAUGUCCUACCUGGAGAGCAGGAAUUUCAUUCACAGGGAUCUUGCCGCCCGUAAUUGCCUUGUCGGCGAGAACCACUUAGUCAAAGUGGCCGAUUUCGGAUUGGCGCGUUUAAUGCGUGACGACACCUACACGGCUCACGCCGGCGCUAAAUUUCCCAUCAAAUGGACCGCACCCGAAGGCUUGGCGUACAAUAAAUUCUCCACCAAGUCGGACGUCUGGGCUUUUGGGAUCCUUUUGUGGGAAAUUGCCACCUACGGGAUGUCCCCUUAUCCCGGUAUCGAUUUAACUGAUGUCUACCAUACCCUGGAAACAGGUUACCGGAUGGAAUGCCCUCCAGGAUGCCCGCCCCGGGUCUACGAUCUCAUGCAGCAAUGUUGGCAUUGGAGUGCCAAUGACCGGCCGACUUUCCAAGAGAUCCACCACGGCCUGGAAAAUAUGUUUCAAGAGUCGAGCAUUAACGAAGAAGUCGAGCGGCAGUUGCAGGGUAGCAGCAGCAGCGUCGGCGUCAGUUCCUCGAGUCCACGCCUGGCCUCCAAAAAGGCCGCCAAUCAGGGACAAGCUCAAAAUCAGAAUCAUAAUCGACCAUCAGGUGCUGGUAGUGGUGCCGUGAUGACUAGUCGUUCCAAUACCGCCCCGGUGCAAAUGAGACGGGCCACCAACACGAAAGGAAAGCCCGUCCCGGCCCCUCCUAAACGAACCAGAGGAGGCAAGCCUAGUAAGGUGUCGGACAAAUUAGGGCACCUGGGUACCGCACCUCCCAGUAGCUCAUUCCGUGACAGCUCUUAUACGGAUCAAGACUUUGGCGGACCUGGCGACGACGGAAGCGAUUCCAACGGCAUCGAACAUGUCUUCGAAGGCAUCAAUAGGGAUCUGCAAAGUUUGAACCACGGCGACGAGUCGGACGGCGAUGGCAGCGAGGGCGAGGCCGUUCUCACGGCGCAGUCUGGUGGCAAAUUUCUGCGGCAAAUGUCUGAGCAGCCGCGCGGGACCAGCAGCUCCAACCGAAAGACGCGGACGUACCCACCCAAAGAGACGAGUCCCGUCUCCGACCUGAAACCCAAACCGCCGCAAAGGAGCAAGGUCCAAGUGGCCACACUCGAAGUCCACAACGUCAAGAAAGCCAUCAACAGGUAUGGCACUCUGCCGAAAGGAGCGAGGAUAGGCGCUUAUUUGGAAUCUCUUCGUCAGAGUGGUAUGACGGGCGAGCCACCGGAAGGUGUCGACCUGGAACAGGGAAACAAGGAGGAAGAUUCGCCUAAAUCUGGUCACGUUUCUCUGUUGCGCCAAGCGGUUAACCACAACCGAACAGAAGAUCCUCGGCUCCGACCGGGAGUCAAGAAUGCUGGCGGCUCCUCUUCCAAUCCGACCAAAACUCCUCCUACGGUUAGAAGUCACUCAGUGUCUGGUGAGGGACCUCGAACGCCUAGCCCUAAACUCCGCAACAGCGGCCUUCGAUCCAGCAGCAACCCCCAGACGCGGAAUCCGCGGGAAAAUUCUCCGGCUCCCAACUUGGCCGACUUGGAGUUCCCUCCACCUCCUCCACCGUUGGAAGACGACGCGGCUUCCGCCUUGGAUGAUAAUUCGUCUGCAGCUUCUCACGACUCGAUCGACGGUCCCAAGCCACGGGACCACACCCCGCCAACUCGUCCUAUUCCUUCGCCCCGGGGUCAGAUUAAAACGUCGUCUGUCCAAAUGCGCGCCAGUUCAGUCGACCGGGUGGGCGGUGCCCGUCAGUCACUGGAAGAUCAAUUCUUUCUCGGCGAGGAAGUCAGCAUCGAGGAGAAUUCGCUCAAAAGAAACAUUGAUUCCAACCGAGUCAACCGCGAGUCCGUCAAUGACUCUCCCAACACGACCACGGGGAGCGCCCACUCCGGCGGUCUUGUCACCAGCAAGAGCGCCGAUUCCCUUUCUUCUUCCGAACUGCUGGAGAGGAAAAGUGGCGGCACCCCUUUCCACUCGAUGGAAGAAACGGGCGGCGGUGGUGGCGGAAUCAUGAGUCAAUCGAUUUUCGGCAUCCUUCGCUCGCCCAGCCCGUGGGAAGACAACCAGCAUGGAUCCGAUCCGCCUCCAGAGCCGGCGCCGAGCUUGGUUCCUGCGGCUCUCAACCAAAAGACCAAACCGUCGACGCCGAGAGGCUUGCGCCAUGUGGAUGCCCAACUAGUGGCCGAACUCAAGGAGAAGACGGACAAGAAGCCUUCCGGCGGAUCGUCGAUGGAGAACGUGGGACAGCAGAAUCCUCCGUCAGUCCACCUGGUCAGCGAGCUCUUUGAAAACUUGCGGCUCAAGGCCGGCAAGAAACCGGGCUUUACCAAUGAAACGCAGACCACUCCUGAACCGUCGUCUGCCCAGCCCGCCGCCGAAGUGAUGGCUCCACCUCCUCCAAGGCCCGUUCACCCAGCGCCUCAACGACCCGCUUCGCAUUCUGUAACCAAGAAAGUAGAUCUGACGGCCGAGCAAUCCAGUUCUCAAGACCAAACCAAUUCUUCAAUUGUUGCUGCAGCUGCGGCGGCGGCCAAUAACGGAGAUGGUGGAGUUAAAUUUGAUUUCAAGUCUCGUUUACGCAAGGUUGCCAACGAGAAGCCUGAAGUCGAAGCGGCCCCCGAUCAACAGCAGCAGCAGCAGCAGCCUGUCGCAAUUAAGCCCGUGGUGAAACCUCCGGCUCCUGAAAAGGCUGACAAGUCUGCUGAAAGCUCCGAGGAUUGUGACGACAAACGUAAGAGCUCUGGCAGCAUCAACAGUUUGAAACGGAUGUGGGAAAAGGAUCAGCAAGUGCAACAACAACAGCAGCAGCCGCAGCAACAGCCGCAAUCUCAGCGAAUCUCUCUCAAAAGUGGUGCCAACAAUGUAGAGCCGACAGUCAACAGUCGACCUCCGCCUCCUCCGCAACAGCAGCCCGACAAGCCGGCCGUCCCGGUCAAACCGAGCAGCGUAGUGAUGAAGCCGCUGGGCAAGAACUCGUCAGCCGCCAUCUACGCCACGCCGACUUCAUCUGUGAUCAACGCCAAGCCUCCCGUGGCCAACCGGAGCAGCGCCGUCUAUGCCAAAGGCCCUGCAGCAUCCAUGGUCAUCCAGAGCAGCGUCGGAGGCAGCGAAAAUGGCGACGGCGACCGGCAGAAGAUCGUCGCCUUGUGCUCCGAAGUGGAGCAGGUGCUCUCGCAAUCGCACGCCACCCCCAACCAGUGGAUGGAGCUCCUCUCCAAUGUCCACUCGUUGUGCCAGACGUACGCCGACUGCAUCGCCCCGCACGGCCGCUUCCAUUUCCGACAGCUGAUCGCCAAGCUCGAAACUCAGACCAAGGAGAUGAAGCAGACGAGCUGCGGGCCAUUGAGGAAUUCUUCCGAGCACAGCCGGCUCGUCGGCGACGUCAAGAACACGGUCCGAGAUGUGGCGAACGCCUUGCAACGUUGAAACUAAACAAAAAAAAAGAGAAAAAUUUGAAUACUUGCGUGAUUGAUGGCAUGUGAAACUACUACUACGUACGUUGUCCCCCCCCCCCUCCACCACCACCACCACUUGGUUUUGUAUUGUUUGUUUUUCGGGAGGGAAACUUUUUCCUUGAAAUGUCCGGCUGACAAGAGUUGGGUUUUUGUUUCAUCACCGCAAAAGGAGAAAAGUAAAAGAAAACUUUGGUGAAUCAAAAAGAAGGAAAAAAAGAGUAACAACUAAAAUUCAAGUGCAGCCAUUCCAUGUUUUUCGAUUUCUUUUUUGAGAGGAGGAAAUGACACAAUCCGUCGUCUUACAGUAAAUAACAGUACGCCAACGUACGUGUGUCUUCGAGUGCCAGCAGAUAGCGCAGCUUUUAAUUGUUUGUGAGAAAGCAAGUAAAGUGUGAGUGAUUUCGCAUUUCUUGCCAUAUUGGAAAAGAGCUCGUGUAAUUGUGUGUGUUUUUCUAUUCAUCGCGUCAAAUCGUCAACUAUUUCUCUCAAUCUGUCGUCUUAACUUUAUAUAUCCCCAUAACUCUGAUCAUCUAUCAAAUUCUUCCCUUAAUGCUAUCUUACAUUUGUACUUUUUUUUUAACUCCUACUAAAAGAAAAAGUGAUUCCUCUAUCUCUUCGAUCGAACGUCGUCAGAAAAAGAAAAAAAAAACAACGAUUCUUUUCUUUCUUUUUUUGUUUUUUUGUUUGUUUUUGUUUGUUUGUUUCUUUUGGUCUUUUGGAAAAGAGAAAUGGGUGACGUAGCCGCCCGUCGCCUGUCCCCGUUGUAUGUCUAGUCCCUCAUAACCGUCUCUCUCUUUUUUUUCUCUCUCUCUCUCUCUCAGCUCUACCUUAUUCUCUCGUCUUAUUUCUUUGAUUUAAUUCGCAUAUCCUCCGUCAUUGGUUCUUCUUCUCCCCCCUCCAUUAGCCAACUUGUCAGAGAGAUAACGAAAAAUGUUUAUAACAGAAUAAAACAAAGUAAGGGAGAAAUUUUUGCUUACCAAAUUCGUCGACCCCACCCAAGGAUAAGAGAUUUGUAAAGCGUGUCGGCGGGGAAAAAAAACAAACAAUUUGGGGGAAACUUAUCAAGUCGCAUCUCUUAUAUAACAAUUCCUUAAAUAUUCUUUUGUGUUCCAUAUAGUCCCUCCUCCCAGCGCACGCACUGUUGAAUUUAAAACGGACUCGAUUGCUUGAUUUUUCGCCCUUUUUCUUUUUAUACUUACGUGAAAUGCCUAUACACAUAUACUGACUGUGUACAUGUCAAAUGCGUACGUAUAUCUCUCUAUAUCCAUUUCCACUUUGCUUGUCUUUCUCCUUUUGUUCCGUGUGUGUGUGUGUGUGCAUAUGGCUGGCGAAUGCAUGUCUAGCUCGCUUUUGCUAUCGAAAAGGGAUCGAGUCUGACAAAGUGUCAAAGUGCGUGUUUAUUAUACAUAAGGUGGCAUACUCACUUUAAUCCUAUUAACACGUGUCAUUUUUCUCAUCGCCCUUGUGUAUCGGUCAUACAUAAGCUAAAAACUAUA